AUUUGAAACGCUAACACCCUUAAUCAUAAAUCGCCCAUCGACUCCUCUGUCUCGAAACGGGAACACUCGCUUGUUCGGCUCUUCGGGACUCACGGGACACGGUUUCAAGACUCAAGUCUCAAAACUUGCCUCUUGCUCAAUUUCGAUUUUGUGCGUUUUGCUGAAAGUUUUGUUUACUAAUAUUUGUUUUGCCUUUUAACUACAAAUAUGGCCUCGCAAAACAGUAAACUUUCUCAGUCUCGCUGUCGCCAGAGGUGUUGAACGUGAUUCAGAAUUCACUCAUUAGCAAUGACAUCAGAUGUGCUGAAAUCAGGGGGAGACAAACUGAUACUAAGAGGGCUAAUGUUCCAUGGUUAUCAUGGGGUGAAGCAGGAGGAAAAGAAACUGGGCCAGAAGUUCUUGAUAGAUGUAGAUGCUUGGAUGGAUCUUCGAACACCUGGUCAGUCUGACAACAUGUCUGAUACCAUCAGCUACACCGACAUCUAUCGCAUUGUGAAACAUAUUGUAGAGGGUCCUUCUCAGAACCUAUUAGAAUCGGUGGCUCAACUGAUUGCUACGACAACUUUGAAGAACCACGAGCAGAUAUCGGCUGUACGUGUGGUGGUGGGAAAGCCUCAUGUCGCGGUUCCUGGUCCGCUCGACUAUUUAGGUGUGGAGAUUAUUAGAUAUAGAACCACUGAUAUGCCUGUUUAAACUUUAUUCAGUUUUUACUUGCUACUACUGUAUAAACCCCAUCUCCAUUGCCUUAUGCUAUGCUACCUUUUAUUGGUUGGUUUUCCAUU